AUGGGAUCCAGAUUUGGUGUCUUGCAGGAGGUGAUUGAGAGGAGUUUUGAGCAGAACAGUGAGUUCCAUGUGGGUAAGAGUUCUCCUGGUGGGGAUACAGGAGGGUCGAAGGGGGAGGAAAAGCGACAUGAAAAUACAGGGAUGAGGGAUGAAUGGCGGGUUGUGGAGAAGGCGACUGAGGAAGUGGUAAAUGUAGAGGAGCUGAGCAUCCAGAAUGAGGUGGAAAAAAUGGCUGAGGAUGGGGGUGAAGUGGAGGUGGAUGAGGUAGAAGUUAGAGGGGAGAGACUUGUUCAGGAUGAGAGGAGUGAGAUGUCAAGUACACCGGGUGAUGAGUAUGGAAACGGAUGGAAUGACCUCUUUGCCGGAUAA